AAAUUCAGUAAGGUGGACUAAACUGAUAAUUUCUGGCGUUUUCCCUCCAUUCUUCGUUCCUCCAUUGUUGCAGGUGAUCUUGUUUCUUUCCUUUCCUCUCCAGUUAAUCUUCCAAACGAGAUGCGGGUUUUCAUUACCCCCGCUUCUCUCUCUACACCCGGACAAGGCCUAAACCAUCGAUUAAUUAGUUAUCAAUCUGUGCUGCUGCAUAAGCUCCUUUUUCCUUUGGCGGAGAUUUCCAGAAAUAGGAAUUGCAGAGAAUUUUUCGUUACAACUCUACUGGCGUUAUUGGUGCAGCAGCUGAUGGGCAAUUUUCUAGCUGUUUUAGAUCAGAUAUGGAAGCUCCAGCAAAGCCAGGCUUCAUCGAAGAUUAAUCCUUCACAGAUAUUUGCUCUUUCACUCGGUGCUUCUUUUGAUGAGCUCACCAUCCUUAAUUCCCAAAGGCAGAGGGUAAUCUCAAAAGUCAAUGCUUCUUCUGCAAGUGUCUUUCCAUCUCUACAAGAAUGUGAAAGUUUGAUCAGCGAUUCCCUAAGACUUGUUAACAUGUCUGUGACAAAAAUUGGGAUUGUCCCCGAUGGCAACAUCUUUAAGGAAACAAAAACCGUUGAGGAUUUGAUGGAAUGGACCUCUGCUGCCAAGGAGAGUCUGGAGAGGUGCAGGGAUGAAUUGGAGAAUGAUAAUGAAGGAUUGGUAUCUGGAAAAUUUUAUUUGGUGAGAAUGAAGAUGCAGAUGCUUGUGACAAGGAAAUAUCUGGAGAAUAGCUUAGUGAUUUUGGCCAAGAUGGAUACUAUUCUGGACAUGUUUUAUCAUCCUCUCCAGAGUAUUCUGUCAAAUUUUAUGCUCAGUGCAAGUGGAUUUGAUUUUGGUAUGGUCUUUUUUGCCUCACAGUAUUUGUUGUUAGUUUUUCUGUUUUGCCUGUUGGUGCGAUUAUACUAAAUUGCAACAGUUAUAUGACUUCAGAAAUGAGGAUGGAUGUUCUCUUCUUCUUGUCAAA